ACCACAGUGCUGAAUCUUAAUUGGACGGUGGAUGUUGCGUCGUGUUCCGCCGCACACACAAAAAGUAAAAAAUUAACAAGUUGAGUGUAAAAAACAAAACGGAUUUUUUCGAGAUUAAAUAGUUGUGUGAAUAGUUAUGAAUAUACCCGAAUGGCAGACAAUACCAACGCUGGUACUGGAGCAAAUAUUCGAUUAUCUCGAUUCGCGAGACCGCCGAGCUGCAGCCAAUUGUUGUUGGGCAUGGCGACAACAUUUUUUUUCAAAGACGGUAAGUGGUGCCUACUUUAGGAACUUUCGCUUUCACAUUGACGUGGCCCAGGAUGAUCAACUGACGUUCUUCCAUCGCUGCAUGUCCAAUCUGGCCAAGGAGCUGGUGAUUGUCUUCAACUUCGACAAUGCUUUUCACAUCCAAAAGAUACGUGGCCUGCUCUACAAGGCGGCACGCUGUGAUAAUAUUCGCGCACUACGUUUCCAAACCAACAGUGUGGGCCUAAUAGCUCCAGGAAAUGCACACAGCGAUCAACUGGUGGCCAUAGAACAAUGCUUUGUGGAGCCCUUGAAGAUGUUUCUCAGUCGCAAGACUCAAGCUUGCCAAGUGUUGGAUCUGGGUGGCAUUGAAGCACUCACUUAUUAUGGUUACGAUCUGCUCAAGGCCAUGGGCAAGCCCCAAGAGUUGUUGCAGUUGACGCUGGCCAGCAUUAAAUACGAUCCCAAUCAUUAUCCCAUCCUCGAGCUGGACACAACGUUGCUGCAGAAGUGCGCUUCACUCCAAGUGCUCUCGCUGGAUUACGACACACUCAGCGAUGAGCUGCUGCACACGAUUCAAGUGCUGCCGCUGCGCAAGUUGCUGAUCGUUGUCCAUGGCUUGGAUCGUGAUGAGCAUGCUGGCGUCUCGGAUGCUGCCUGGGCGAAUUUCUCAAUGCAUUUCACACAAAUCGAACUGGUGCUGACACUUGUCUAUGCCUACGAGGCCGUCGAGCUGCUCGUCAAUCGCAUUGUGGGCGAUCACAUGCCUGUGACACACAUACGCAUACUGUUCUGUGAGUACAUGAGCCACGAUGCCAUCGAUGGCCUGUCGAUGGCCAACAGCGACACGUUGCGCAGCAUCUACUACAUUGAUUCGGGCAACAAUCGCGGCCAUAGCAACUACUUAAGCAAUAUACGCGGUCAGGAUGCGUUCGUCAUGUUGGCCUGGCGUUGCAAACAGCUCGAGGAGAUCGUUGUCCACGGCCAUCCAAUGGAUCCGCACAAUUUGCUGGGCAUUGCAAGGCUGCGAAGUCGUCAGCUGCGUCGCGUUGAAGUAUCGCAAAUCAAUUGGCCCAACGGUGAACCGCAAUACGCCUUCAACGAUGAAAUGUGCAAGCUGUUGGGACAACGUUGGAGACUGCUCAAAUACGAACAGCUGCCGGCAGCACUCGACUACGGACCCGUCGACUACGAUGAACGCAAUGAGUUUGUCUACGAGUUGUUGCGUCGAGAUCUACAGAUCCAUUAAAAAACGGAAAAACAGGACACGCACAAACCAAAAAUCGAAAUAAGCAAUGUCAUUAAUUUAGUAACAUUCGACAAUUGUGCAAAGCUGCAACAGCAACAACAACAAAAAAAACAACAUGACACGUGAUCAAAUCGAGCGCAUAGAAAUUUGUAGCGUUUAGUAGACUAGUUAAAAGUUAAACACACAGCAACUAAAAAGAAAAGCGAUCAGUAGCCUUUUCUGUUAAGUUAUAAAAGGAAUUUUUUGAUAAUGUGACAUUCGAGGAACUUAUAAUUGGCAAGCCUUUAUACAACUUACAAUAUUAUGAUUACUCUUGACUAUGUUUAAACUAUGUAAACUAAAAACUUGAACUUUUACGUUUUGGCCACACAGCAAAACAAAAAACAAAAAGAUAGCAAAAGCAGAAUAUAAGUAGAAAGAAGCAAGACUUGAACACUUCGAGAAAUGAGAAUGCGAAUUGUAAACAAACAAAAAACCAGCAGAAUUUGUUGUAUAAACCAAGUAGAACAACAACUAGCGAAUAUAGAAAAGAGACAAAAAAACAAGGAGUAGGAGAGAUGAGAGAUAAACAUCAUUUUAUAAGCAACAACAACUGUGAUUCAAACAAAAUGCAAGCAAAGCAGCAAAAGCAAAGCCAGUUACAGAGCAGCGCGCAGUAGCUACAAAAACAAAACAAAACAAACAAGCAAAAAACAUCCAAGAACAACAAACAAACAAUUGUUAAGCAAAUUGUCUAGUUAGCUAAGUAGAAUACUAUAAACAUAAAUAUGUGUUGAAAAUGUUUGUAAACCAAAAACCAAAAAGCGAAAAAAAACGACCAAUGUCAAAUUGUUAGCUCAAUCAAUUGGCUGAAAAAAAAAAGAAAACAAACAAAAUUGUUAACUUUUGUAAUAUGAGAAGAACAAAUAAUGUGUAAUGCGAAGUUGGCGCUAAAUUGUGAUAAACAAAAAACAACAACAAAUGUAACAAGAACAUGACAACAAAAGUACGCAAAGCGCCAUCAUUUGUGUAGUCUUUAAAAGUGAUAUUAGCAGCUUUUAUGUAAAGCAAACAAAAGCAUAUUGUAAACAGCACACAACAACAACAGCUGUGUGUGUGUGUGUGUAGCUUGAAAAAAAACUAAAACGAGACAUGCGUUAGCCAAAAAAAAAAAAACCCGAAUCGAAACAAUCCAAUUCGUAAAACCGAUUCAAAACCGAAUCAAUCAAUCAACUUGAGUAUUUUGUAGCAACAAACAGGCAUUCAUUUAUACAAUCAUCUACUAUAUUUUUACUUAUGUUUGCACAAAAAUGCAGUUAGGAUACAACUGUUGUCAGGAUAGUUGAUAGCCCGAGACUAACAACAACAACAAACAUCAACAACAACAACAAGAAGAAGAAGAAAACGGUACCUGAAGAUCAACUUUGAGCAUUUAGCAAAACCAACUCACAAAGCGAGGAAUGAAAUUGCUCAAAUUAAGCUAUCUAACAAACAAAACAAAUCUAUUAAAACGAAAGACUGACAACAACAACAACAAACAAAAACAAAACGUUGCAAUGCUCAUUGCUGGAGCCGGGCCAACUAUCCAAAAAACCAAAAAAAGAACAAGCAGCGAUCUCAAAGACAAACUCUAAAAACAACUAUCCAAAACUAGAAGAAAACAACAACAACAACUAUGCAUGUAUUUUUGUUAUAAACUUCAAUAGCGAAUAUUAAUUUGUAAACAACAAUUGAGAGUGCAAAUCAUGUGUAAUAAGAAGCAAUCUUAAUGUGUGUCUAUUAAAUACGUGUGUACGUAUGUAUGUGUGUGUGUACAUAGUUUAUACAUAUAACAACCAACAAAAUGUAAUUAAGUUAAGCCUAGUACAUACCAACAACAACAAGAACAACAACAACAAAAUGUGAUAAAAGUGUCAUGCUGCUUCCAAUCAACAACCACAACAAAAGAGAGAAGAGCACCAAAGAGUCCCCAACAACACACAUGAAAAAUUAAUUGGCAAACGUCUAAAACUAUAUAAAUUAUUGUUUAACACAAUCAUUCGAAAGUAUUACACAUUUAUUCAAUGUUAACUGCAAAAAAAAAAAAAACACUUCCAACGCUGCGUAUGAGUAACACUCUUUUUGUAUACUACAAACAGAACAGCAACAACAACAACAAGAUAUACAUAUAUACUAUAUUUUUUAAUGCCAUUUAUUGUAUUUCAAAACAAAAACAAAAAACACACAACUUUUGUAAAUCAUUCCACACAAAUAUGCUAACGUAUGUAUUAAAAAACAACAACAACAGCAGAAGUAGAAGAAGAAAAUGAAGAUGAAGAUGAGAUUAGAAACGAAACAACAAGAAAACAAAGAGACAGACAGGCCGUGCAUUAACAACAAGAACAUGAACAAGAAUUAUUAUAUAUAUGCAAGUUAUGCUUAAAAUCGUAUAAGAGCAAAAAGUCUAUGGAAGAAGAAGCUGUGAUAGAAACAACAACAAACAAAAGGCAAAAUAACAAAACAACACACAAAGCAAAUUUGAAGAGUUAGGAGAUGAAGUAGAACAAGAAACAAAAAAAACAAAACA